UGUUCAGGCGUGGCAAACUAGCAAUACGCCCUGUCAGACGCUGUAUCGAUCAGACAUCGGUCACCAGUCGCACCCUUCUGUGGACCGUUUCAUGCACAUCGCCGACUGAAAAUUGUCCAGCGCCUCCCCCCACCUGGGAUCACCUUUGGGAAUCACUGAAUCUAAAGGGAAGGUGUUUUCGAGGGCAAAUUUUAAACAAAUCAUUAAUUACGUCGGCCCCGCGCGCGCUCUUCGGGAUCGCUGUGCCGGUUGUCGUGUUGGUAAACCCAUCCGCCCGCCCCAUUCACACGUGACUGUGUGAUAGCAGGGGCGGAUGAAGAGGGAGAGAAGCGACACGUGGGGUGUGUGAAUUGAUGGGAUGGAGGAGGAAAAAAAAUGGUAAACAUGCAUCCGUUCCAAAAAAGAAAAGCGGCGCGAUAUGUACAUAUUUCCCCGACGCGAACGAAACCCAUCGAAACCCAUUAAAUAGCCGACUCGCCGAACACUCAUCGCGGAUCAACGGAGUCUGCGAUGCACACACACACACAUGUACACACACACAUACGCAGACCAUGGUCAAGCAAAUGGACGGAAUAAAAUAUGCGCGUUGAUGAGGUGCAGUAGGAACGGAGCGGAAUAGGGAGCGAAGAGGGGAGGAAGGGAUGCAAGCGGGGGUUUGGGUUUGGGGUGUGCGCGUGAGACCGAUCGAAGUUUAAAAUUAGUUCUUGUUUUGCCGUCUAAAUUUACUCAGCAUUAAAAACAGAAGGAGAGCGCUCGGCGUACCGUACACACCGCAGCAACGGGGCGGUCGGCGGUCUAAGUGUGUGCGCGCGUGUGUGUGUGUGUGUACACUCUUUCACAACAGACAGCUCUCCUGUGACGGGUCCAGUUGCGAGGGAGCAGAGGAAGAAGAAUAAGGCGCCAUUGUGCUAACAAUCUUCCCUUAAAAGAACGCCAUUAUCGCCAUCUCGAACAAGGCGACGCCCGCUGUGCCGUGUGCCCUGCGCGUGAGAAAGAGAGCCAACAAAAAAAAAAUAUAUAUAUAUACGGAAUCCCUCUGGUUCCGCACGCCUUUGCUUUGGGUGUAUGUGUUCGUGUCGUGGGUGUGCGUUGACGGGUUUUCUUCAGCUCAGCGUUGUGUCCAGCAGCAGCACUGCCCCACCAUGAUCCGGCAGCGCUCGUCCGUGCGGAGCCGCGGCUCGUCCUCGACCACGAUCAGCGAUCCGCGGGAGAAGGUAAAGGACUGCUGCCGCAAGUUCGUCGCGUUCAUGUGCACCCAGGUCGGGGUGGGCGGGCUGAUCGUCGCGUACGCGCUGGUCGGCGCGGCCAGCUUCAUGUCGAUCGAGACGCAGGAGCCGAACCCGCUGAUCGAGCACGUCGUCACGCUCCGGCGGAACUGUGCGGCCGAGCUGUGGGACGUGACCGAGCAGCUCAACCUGUUCAACAGCUCGAUCUGGCACUACGAGGCCGACCUGGUGCUGAAGCGCUAUCAGGACGACUUUGCGGAGGCGAUCCGGCGCGGCUACGAUGGCCGCUCGCCGGAGGAGGUAUGGAACUUUCCGGCCGCCCUGAUGUUCUGCCUGGCCGUCUUUACGAUGAUCGGGUACGGCAACAUGGUGCCGCGGACGGCGUGGGGCAAGGGUGCGACCGUCAUCUACGCGACGUUCGGCAUCCCGCUCUACAUACUGUACUUCAUGAACAUGGGCAAGGUGCUGGCGUCCACGUUCAAGUGGCUGUACACCUGGUUCCACGAGUGCAGCCACCGGAGCGACGAGGACGGCGGGCUCGCGCUGGAGGAGGGCCCGGGCGGGCUGGCGCCCCGCAAGCGCAUCAUCGUGCCGACGACCGCCUGCCUGUGGGUGAUCACGAUCUACAUCGCGACCGGCACGAUCAUGUUCGCCGAGUGGGAGAAGUGGACGUACCUCGACUCGGCCUACUUCUGCGUGACCAGCCUGUGCAAGAUCGGCAUCGGCGACCUGGUGCCGGGCGCGAACAUACUCGACUCGCAGAGCGGCAAACCGACCAAGCUGGUGAUCAACUUCGUCUACAUGCUGCUCGGCAUGGGCCUGGUCGCGAUGUGCUACAUCCUGAUGCGGGAGGAGGUGCGCAUCAAGAUGCAGGAGAUCAAGGAGGACACGCGCCUCUGCCUCGAGGAUCUCAGCUCCAAGUUUGCCAAGUGCUGCGGCACCAAGGACUCGCAGUACUAUGACUAAGCGACCAAUUCCAUACCCGGUUUUUUUUUUGGGGGAAGAAGAAGAAGAAAAGGAACAAGAAGAAGGUGAGACGCCGGUAUCUAGCCUUCGCCUAGCCGUAAACGCUCAUGUAUUAGUAGUGUAACAGCAUUAUCAGAAUUAUCAACACAAAAUGCCAUCGAAGCAAACCAUUGUACCAUACCAGUGAACGUGAAGAUGAGCGGAGUGGUCGUCUCAGUGGUUCACGAUCGAAAAAUGUAACAAAUAAUAAAAUGAAUACUUCAAUCAA